UUGGACAAGUGAAAACAAGUUUAGGAUAACAAAAUUAUAUCAGACAAGAAAAGUGUAUAAAACAAGACCAGACAAAAUUAUAUAAACCACCAAAGUCCAAAGGGAGUGAGAAAAGAAGAAUCUUAUAAACUCUCACCCCUUUUACCUGAGCUCCUUACUUUUCAGUAUACCCACCUGUUCCCUAAGUGGACAUCCGGUCACAGCUGCACAUGUAAGUCUUAUUUCCAAAAACACACAAAUGAAAAACACAAUCUUAUUUUCUAAGUACGCAGAUUUACAAAUGCUGAUAUCAAUGAUCAUAUUUCUAUAUUUAUACUUAAAUUCUUUCAUGUUCGGACAUUGGAAACCUUUAUCAUCACGCACGAAAAAAAAGGUUUACCACAGAAACAAAGAAAAACCAACACGCACCCUCCCAGGUAACAUGCAGUGCAGAGUUUAAAGGACAGCAGAUUUGUACUCAGGUUGUCAUCAUUUUACUCAUUCUUAAAUAUUUACGCAAAAACAGAAGGAAGGAAAUGUUUUAUGAUGACAUUGAGCAGGUUUGUCUUUUUUUUUUACAGACUCGCACGUUAAAAGGUUCUUUCUUUGGGCUCGUGUGACAGAAGGUGCACGCGCAGCACAGUUGGAAAGGACCAGGUCAAUGUGACCCACAUGAAGCGCGUGCACGACUGCGUCAGGGCUCCGCGUGUUCGUGGCCCGCUCUCCUAUUGGCUGCUCCAACUUUUCUCACGCGGUUUAGUGGCGCGCGCGGUGCGCUCGUGUGAGGAUGAGGUCCGCAGCAGAGUGACAGCUCGUCCUGCUCCUCCUCCUCCUCCCGUGGAGCUGCUCCUCACCUUCAGUCAGCUGGAACAUCUGCAGGAUUUCUGCCCUCAUGUCUUCUCUGCAGGGACCCGAGCCGCGGAUGAUGCGCGCAGCUCCCGGACACAAUUACCCCCGCGCUGGAUUCCCCCUGGAAGUCUCCACUCCUCUGGGCCAGGGUCGGGUCAACCAGCUUGGCGGCGUCUUCAUCAACGGCCGGCCUCUCCCCAACCACAUUCGGCACAAGAUCGUGGAGAUGGCGCACCACGGGGUCCGGCCGUGCGUCAUCUCCCGCCAGCUGCGCGUGUCCCACGGCUGCGUGUCCAAGAUUCUGUGCCGCUACCAGGAGACCGGCUCCAUCCGCCCGGGGGCGAUCGGCGGCAGCAAGCCCAGGCAGGUGGCCUCUCUGGACGUGGAGAAGCGGAUCGAGGAGUACAGGCGGGACAACCCCGGCAUGUUCAGCUGGGAGAUCCGGGACAGGCUGCUCAAAGACGGCGUGUGUGAGAGGAGCACGGCCCCCUCAGUGAGUUCCAUCAGCCGCGUGCUCCGGGCUCGGUUCGGGAGUAAAUUCGAGGAGUCUGACUUUGACAAGAAGAAGCACGAGGAGGAAGAGGAGGAGGAGCAGCAGCGGAGGACGAAGCACAGCAUCGACGGCAUCCUGGCGGACAAAGGCAGCCAGGCGGAUGAGGUGUCAGACGUGGAAUCUGAGCCAGACCUCCCCCUGAAGAGGAAGCAGCGCCGCAGUCGGACCACAUUCACAGCCGAGCAGCUGGAGGAGCUGGAGAAGGCCUUUGAAAGAACCCACUACCCAGACAUUUACACCAGAGAGGAGCUGGCCCAGCGCACCAAACUGACUGAGGCCAGGGUGCAGGUUUGGUUUAGCAAUCGAAGGGCCAGAUGGAGAAAGCAAGCAGGAGCCCAUCAACUAUCAGCGUUCAACCACCUUCUUCCCAGUGGAUUUCCUACAACAGGGAUGCCGGCACUUCCUGGAUAUCAGCUGCCAGAAGCCAGCUACCCAUCUUUGGUGCAAGAUGGUGGCGGAACAGUUCAUCGUCCACAACCUUUACCUCAGUCCACAGUGCACCAGGGCGGACUCUGUGGUCCUGACAGCAGCUCUACCUACACCCUGUCCUCAAAUCGUCAUGGUUUCUCCAACUAUCCUGAUUCCUUCAUGGGCUCUGCUGUUCCCAGCAGUCACAUCAACCCCGUCAGCAAUGGACUUGCCCCCCAGGUCAUGAGCCUUCUGACCCCCAACGCAGUCUCCUCUCAACUUCAGCAGGACUUCUCCUCCUCGCCGCUCCACGGUGCGCUGGACUCCUCCUCGUCCAGCAGUACCUCAGCCGACGCCGCUGUCAGGACGGGAGACACCCAGCCCUAUUGCCCCCCCACGUACAGCAGCAGCAGCUACAGCAUGGACCCUGCUGUGGCCAGCUACCAGUACAGCCAGACUGCUGUGGAUUAUUUGGCCAAGAACGUGAGCCUGUCCAGCCCCCGCAGGAUGAAGCUGGCAGACCCCUCAGCUGUGCUGGGACUGCUGCACAUUGAACCGGGGCAGGCCUACUAAAACUGUGGGGACUCUGGCACCUUAUCGGGACACCAGGACACUGCAGUGGAGCUCUUACAGAGCAGUGUGCACGCAUGUGUGUGAGUGUGUCUGUGAGUGUGCACGAGUACAUGUAUGUGUGUGUUUGUGCAGGUUCAUGGCACGUCUGGCUGCUCUGAUCAUAGAGGAAGCUGCGUGUGUUGUUAUGGCAUCUGUGGUCCUCAAACUUUCUUCUGGCUGUAGCUUUAAAUCAGAGGGGGUGGGGUCAAACACAUCUAGGCCCGCCCCUCCUCAGAGGACUUGAGUGAUUGACAGACAGGAAUCUGAGUAACUGAUCCUGGUGGAGCAAACUUGGGGAAGAUGUUUGCUCAAACAGGUCUAGAACAGGGCUAUUGGUGUCUGUGUGGUGGGGGGUGGGGGGGGCGCUGUGGUGGGCUUGCACGCCCUGAUCCAGGCUGCUUUCACUCACCUACAAUCAUCUCUGUCUCCGUGCCAAUUUUUCCCAGUGCUCAGCGCACUGUGAUGGGAGGAGCUUAUGGGGAUUACACAGAAGUUCUUCUUUUGAGUUUCCUAUUGAAGCCGCUUUAAGAGUGACGGCCCUCCAAACAAGGUGAGGGAGCCCUGAAGACAUAAGUGUGUGUGUGGAUGAUUGUGUCAGUGACUGAGUGUGAAGACUGCACAGAUGAAAUCCAGCGCCUCCCUGACGUCAACGCUGUGUGUGCAUCUCCCAGCACCGACCCGCCAGGCCAUCGACCUCAAGAUGUCCACACCUAAUGGACUUUUUCUGAACUUAGAGAUGUUUACUUCACCUGAAGCUUCCUUGUCUGACAAACGUAGGUGCUGGUCAUCUACAGCACUUUGGUUUGUCCCAGUGCAUGGUGAAGAAUCAUCAGAGUGAUCCUUCCGUGCAGCCCUGAUGUCUCCAGGAGCCGCCUCUGACAGCACCAAACACACGAAGACGCAGCACAGCAAAGCAGCCGCCUCAGCACAGUUUAACCAAUCUAGUUUGAUGACUGAGCUCAGCAGCUGGAUCACAGCAGCAAACCAGCCAGACUCUGGACUGAGGUCCACUUCUGUUGUGGGGGGUCAGGCCUUGGUCACAAAGCAGGUCUCUGUUUGUGUUCUGGAUCUCGAGGGAGAAAACAACGUGACACGAACAGUUCCCUCAGUUUUCCUCCUUCUCUUUGGGUGUUUCAGAAUGCUUUAGUGUGACACAGGGGUCUAACGGUCAGCCACUUGUUCUGUUCUAAGUCAGUUCCCGGGAAGACGCUUGAGGUUAUGCAAAUGUGUGUGUGCGUGAUGCUACGGUUUGUGUUGUGUUAGUCUAGUGAGGAGUUUGUGCAUUGAACAAUAAAACACUGAUGUGGUUUUUCAAAUAAAACUCUUUAAAAAUGUC